AUGGGGAUCCAGGGAAACAGCGGUGGAGAUAACUGGAGGUUCUCCCCACUCAGUGAUGCACCCACUGAGAAACCUGAUGAAAGUGCUCUAGUUAUUGGUGAUUCUAUUGUACGGAACGUGAAAAUAGAGACACCAGGCACCAUAGUCCCAUGUUUACCGGGAGCCAGAGCGCCUGACAUCUUGGCAAAUUUAAAAGUGCUGGCUAAUGCUAAACGUAAAUUCAGUAAGAUCAUUGUUAUCCACGUCGGCGCUAAUGAUGUUCGACUUCGCCAGUCGGAGAUCACCAAAAAUAAUGUUAAAGAGGUGUGUGAACUUGCAAGUACGAUGUCAGACACUGUAAUAUGCUCUGGUCCGCUCCCUGCUUACCGUGGUGAUGAGAUUCAUAGCAGACUGUCGUCACUUAAUGGCUGGAUGUCUAAGUGGUGCCCGCAAAAUAACAUAGGCUUUAUAGACAAUUGGAAGAAUUUUUGGGGCAGACCUGACCUGUCGAAAAGAGAUGGUGUUCAUCCCUCCUGGGGUGGUGCCGCUCUUCUCUCUAGAAAUAUGGCACAUAGUCUUAAGAGUUUGUACUUGACUAACUGGAGCCCAGAUCAGGAAGCAGACAGACUGGCUAAACCGAUCGUCUGCUAGCCGCCUCACGUCACCAAAGUCAGUUAACUCUCAGCACAUAGAAACUUUUUCACCUAGAUAUCACUCUAUAGAGACUGUGUCUGUUCCCCGAACUAGAAAAUACAGAAAACAUCCAAACCAAAGUAAUAGUAACAAUUUAAUUGAUGU